UCACUGGGCAAAGCAAAAGAUCUUUGGAAUCUAUUCUGAGGAUUUUGACUGGUCUUCAUCAUCUGCUGUGGAAUCCCUAAAAAAUAAAGAAAUCAAUCUUGCCCCAUCUUGGAAUGCCUCUAAAGGUAAAGACAUCCAUGUUGUGAGGAGCACCUUGUCUUCUCCAAGGGUUUCAUCACCUCCAAAUGGUGUGAAAGGAAAUGAAAUCCAUCAAAUGAAAAAAGAGUUCCAAUCACCCAGGAAUCUGAAAGUACAAUCAAUUGCUCAGUUGUCAGAAUUAAGCAAAGUGGACAAGUUCUGCAUGGGAGACAAUUCAUUCAUCAAACCAGGAGAGAAAAUAUUGUUACCAGAUCACAGAAAAUACAAGAACUGGCUUGGAAAAGGCUCAGCUGCCCUGAUUGUAUUUUGCUGUGCCCUAGUUGGCUUCCUGGUCCACAUCAGCAGCUUUUCUUGAAGGGUGUCAGUGUAAUCAUGAAAAGGUCAAAUCUGAUUACCAGUACCAGGAGCAGCCAAACCCUAGC